GACGUCACUUCCGGUAUCACCUGUGUGGUUACCGGGAGCCGUAAACAAGGUGUGCAAGCAUCCAGAGAGCUGUCGGGAUGCAGCAGAGCGGAGCUGCUGGAGGCCGUGGCUGCGCUCUGUUCCCACUGCUGGGCUUUUUAUUCUUCCAGGGUGUUCAAGUCGUCCUUUCCUUGGAGAUUAAAGUAGAUGCCCACGUCCGGGGUUAUGUAGGAGAGAAGAUCAAGUUGAAAUGCACCUUCAAGUCGACUUCAUCUGUCACUGACAAACUCACCAUAGACUGGACGUACCGACCCCCCAGCAGCAGUCGUACAGAAUCAAUUUUUCAUUAUCAGUCCUUCCAGUACCCAACCACAGCAGGUACAUUUCAGGAUCGAAUUUCCUGGGUUGGAGAUGUAUACAAAGGGGAUGCGUCUAUAAGCAUAAGCAGCCCUACCCUAAAGGACAAUGGGACAUUCAGCUGUGCUGUGAAGAAUCCCCCAGAUGUGCACCAUAAUAUUCCUGUGACGGAGCUAACAGUUACAGAAAGGGGUUUUGGCACCAUGUUCUCCUCGGUGGCGCUCCUCUCCGUCCUUGUCUUCCUGCCCUCAGCCGUGGUGGUGGUUCUGCUGCUGGUGAGGAUGGUGAGGAAGUCUGAGGGGCUGCAGAAGAUGAGCAAGUCUGGCUAUAAGAAGUCGUCUAUUGAGGUUUCAGAUGAGACGGACCAAGAGGAGGGGCAGGACUGCAUGGCGAGGCUUUGUGUUCGUUGUGCGGAGUGCCUGGACUCAGACUAUGAAGAGGCAUAUUGAUGAAAGUCUUCAUGAUAUAAGAAGAGUCACCUGCUAGCAGAACAAGUCCCGUUCCCCUGGCAGCUAAAGCCUCUCAGAAGCGGAGCUGGCUUGGAUGGCAGUGCUGGAGGAUUCUGGAAGUCAUCAGGAGAGACUUCAGGAACCAUUUAUUUAUUGAAGAAAUGUUCUUUUUAUAUUUAUAAACUGUUUAAGAGAUCUCAGAAGAAACUCAUAGCUACCCCUUUUAAUAACUUAUGCUCUACUUGAAUGAAGGAGUUCUCUUCCUGAAUUGAAAGAUACUUUUUGUUUCCCCUGUGUUCUUGAAUGUAUUACAUGUUUUCUUCCAGUUACUUGAGGGGAAUCCUAAAUGUUGGCCACACCAUGGAUGCCAAAAUAUCUUUAAAAAAUGAAAUGGAGCUCGUAGCUUCCUGAUGUGCUACAAGACGAAAUGUUUGUUGGGGAUAAGUGUCCUUUGUUAUUUGCUCCAUGAAUGUUUUCAGCUGUGAAUCAGCAAAGAGCAUAUACUCCUUGGUUUCAUGACACCAUCACUUGUGUUUGGGUGACUUGGAACCCUAACUUCCAUAGAGUUGGCAGGACCAGGAGUCCAUAGUUUGCUUUGACUGAGUUUUUAAAGUAUUAAAAUGUCAUCAAUUUAUGAUUAAGGAAGGGAAUGGCGACCUAAAGGGAUCGCUUUCUUUUGUCUUGCUAGGUGCAGUUUGUUACCUUACUCUCUUAUGGCUGACUAAUGAGUGGUUUCCUUCUUGAUGUCCCAGAUCAGAGGCAAGAUAACUCUUUGUAAGGUUUUUAGUGGGGAAUGUAGAGAAUAUUUUCUCAGUUAUUUGCAAUAUUCUUUUUUAACAAAUGCCAUUCCGGAGUUCAAAUGUUGGAUUGGCUUUAAUGAGGCUUUUAUUUAUAGGAAAUAAUCUUUUUGACCUGAGUCAUUCUUCAGAACUUUUUUGUGUUCUAAAAUGUGCCAAAUAUGAGUGAGCUAAGGUAUUUACAAACAGUUUUUGCAUAAUAUUUGACAUAAGGAAGUGAGAUGGUACAUAACCUUUACUUCUCGUUUCUGUUCUCUGAUACCUUAUAUCGACUUCCUCCAUUUUCCCGCAGCAAACGAUUUCCAAUUUUAAUUUACAUGGGAUUUUCUAUAAGCCAUUAAGAAAUAUGCAAGACAUGUCCAGAAGAUCACAGUGUAGUCCUCUGUAAAACAGCAGCAGAGUUUACUUCUCAAUUAUGAGAGACAAAAAUUUUCCCCUCCUCCCAUUGCUGUUUUUUUCAACGGGAGAGUCCAUGAUUCUUCACUAGGUGACUCAGGAGGCUUCCAUAUUACAGCAAAUACACCGUACACAUUAUACAAAAAAAAAAUCACUUCCCCAGGAUUUAUUUGAGUAUAUGUGCUGCCGAAGCCAGCACACCCCAGGAUUUAUUUUUAAAAAUUUGGGUUAUUAGUGCUGGAAGUCAUCAGUAAAAACUUGAAAAAAUAUGACAUAGGUUUGGCCUGGCCCUUUUGUCAAUCUAGUCCAUACAUAAGAGAGUCUGGUUAGUUAAUUAGAAAUUAUGCUUUUUGUCCGGUCACGUAAGGAAGUGGAAGAGGAAAAGGCACAUUGUCAGUUUAUUUCUAGUGGUUAAGCCUCAGAGUCUUGAGCUACUUUGGCUCAUCUGGGGCCAGGCUAGUGAGACAGUCUGACACCUCAGCUGGGAGGGGAAAACAUGUUUGAGCAAUGAGAGUUAAUACUCUGGGCUCUAGGAGAUUUGAAGAUAGAGAUCUAAUUGUGAGGCAGACUUGUGGGUCCUUAUGUCUCUGAGAAAGAGAUGAUGCUACAGGAACCCAGCUAAAACCACAUUUCCUGGAUCGAGGAACUGGUUUUAUCUCGGUUUUCUUGUAAUUUCCUUUCAGGCAUGUUGUGAGGAUUAAUCCAGGCUAGUAUGUUUGUCCCUUUAGGUAGAUGGUGCUGUGUGGAUACUUGGUUGUUGUUAUUUUGUAGCCUUGAUCAUGAUUUGAACAAGGCCCUUUCUUCUUAAGUGACUGAACAGUAGCAUCCUUCACGGUGAGAGAGUAAGCUGCUUAGUUCGUGGGCUCCGUGGCUUUAAAAGGUCACGUCAGUCCUAAGGCUGCUCUCAGUGUCCUUGUUCGUCUCUCACCCUGAGUCUGGCUUACAGCCUUACGGCUUUUUUUCUUUUUCUUUUUCUUUUCCUUUCUUUCUCUCUCCCCCAAAGGAGCAAAAAGCAGUAUUUGGAUACCUGCCUUCUUUAAGGAUGGAAAGAAGAUAAAGUUGGUUUUCUUUUUUUUAACUUACUCUUUUAAUAUCUUCUCAGGUGCUAUUCUCUCUCUUUUUCCUCUUGCUGCUCUGGAUGCAGAGCACACUGUCUGAAGACCAGCCUUGUCUAGAAAGGAAAUUUAAUUCUGAAAGCUUCAGACAGGGUGAAAAGCCUUUCAGAAUUUUUCUUUGGCUGCUGAAGGCUUUACCUGUGGCUACAUUACCUUGUAAGUUUUGCGUAUUGAGCUCUUAAUUCUGUUACCAAAUGUGAAUUUAUAAAAUGCUUUGUGUUUCCCAUGUGGCCUGUUACCCCAGGCUUCUUGGAGAAUGUCUUAGUUCUCUGCAGCUCCCAAACUGCGCACUGGUGCUUCAAGAGGGAACAUUGUAUGUCCCUGUGUAAAAAAAUUGUUGGAGGCCAAAUCCCGAAUCUGAAUGUUCUAUUGUGUCACUCUGUUAUGGUUCCAAAUGAGAGGCAUAAGAAAACCCAUAGGUUUUCUUAUGGAUAGGACCAAGACUAUCAUGUAAUUGGACUACUGGAGACUUUGCUGCCAGAAGAGGCAGCUCCAUUCCUUUGACCCCUGUGUUGGACUGUUGAACUGUUAGCAGCUGCAUUUCACUGCAUUUUUUGUGUUUGUUUUUUUGUAGGAGCGUGUGCACUGUUGGGCCAUGUGCACAGAUAUUGUGACUCUUGGGGUCUUUACCACAUCACACUUAAUAAACUGCUUUGCACUUUCUGGUUA